AUGCCACACUGGUCCCCCACCCCCAUCACUGCACCAUCAAGGCCCCCAAUCUAUCUGCUGCAGGCGCAGCACACCCUGUCAACAAGGAGUCAGAGGCCAAUUUAUUCCAAGAGGUCUGAUCUAGUGGAAGCUGAGCCUGUUCUUGCUCCUCCACCUGCAAGGUUUGGCACAAGGGUACCAGCAGCAUCUGACUGGCCGCUCCCUCCCAAGGUAGGCAGAGAGGCCAGGGAGACAGGCUGCAGGAGGCAGCCGUGCCGGCCCCUCCCCCAGCAUCGCGCCUACAGCCUCUGCGUCGGCCUUUGUUCGCGAGAGGACGCCCUCCCAGAGUGCGCCUCCCCUGCCCCAGUGCGGCCCAGGGAAAAGGGUCAUGGAGAGCUGCGGCCGCAAAGGGCCUUACCUGCAGCAUCCGCGUUUGUCCUCUCCACGACCCCUGGAGGUGGAAGUCCAGCUCUACACUUUGCAGAAGAAGCUCCUAGGCGAUGUGGUUUGCCUCAGGUCACUCAUCCCGGGAAAUCAGGGGGCGGGGCUCCAGACCCACCGGUGUGCUCCCCAGGGCGGCGCUGCCCCCCUACCUAUGACAUCCAGUUCUUGACAGCUUCCAAUGAAAAGCCGCUUGGAAACGACCUCUACUCCCACCCGGACAUCUCCCCUGCCCGCUGGGGACUGUCGGCUCCAUCCCACUGUGUGAACACAACCACGUGAGCACUCAAAAAACAUGGGUAAUUACAACUAGGGCAGAAAUACACAGGGGUCAGGCAGGUCUCAGAGGAAGGGGAGUCUUGUGCCAAAGUGGUCCACCUGCAAACAUAAGCCACGUUUCCCUUAGUUUUCCCUCCUCCUCGGGAACAGGUUGGCAGAAAAUUCUUUAUUGUAUGCCAGGCUGGUCUCAGCCUUCUGAGUGAUGAGAUUACUAGCACCCACCAUGAUGCCAGACCUUCUCAGAUACUUCAAAAACGUGGCCCUGACUAGGUGGACAGUGAGGUGACCAGAUAAUAUGAGUCUCGUGGGGGGUGGGAGGGGGGUGGAGUGUCCUGAACUUUCCCUGGAAGUCCAGCCUCUCACUCGAUGAAGGGCAGAGUUUAGGAGAUGGCUGGUUGAAGGAAGGGUCACAGAGAGUGAAGCAGGCACAAAGGAAGGAGCACUCCUUUGCUAGUAUAGAUUGUGUGAAGAAUACUGCAGACCACACUAGGUGCUGGGCAAGGCUCUGCAGGGACCUUCUCCUUUACCCUACUGUAUCCAGCUUGGCUUGGUUCAUUAUGAGUGUUUAGAACCGGCUUGCAGAAACCUCUCUAUGUAGCCCAAGGGGAGUCUGGGAGUCUAGCCUGGGAUUAAUACAGGUUGGAGGGAAGAGGUGUCUCUGGCUCAGAAAUAGCACAAAACAAACAAACAACUUGGGAGUGCUGCCAGGAAGGAAGCAUGGGGAGCCCCAGGGAUGUUUGGGGUUGGCUCUGGGUUCAGAUCUUUGUCUCCUU